AUGUCAACAGCUACAAAGAAACCCCCAGUAUCUUUAGGAGCUGGUCGCAGAACGUCAUCAGAUACUUCAAGUACCGGUAUUCCGAGCAGAACUGCAACACGUUCACCAACAAAAGAUUCUUCCCCUACUACAAACGGAACACACGCACGAAGUCGUUCAAUACGCAGUGGUACCCCAUUAUCCGCACGAGCUGCCAUGCAACGACCGGGCGCGAGUACAUCCAAUCUGAGUUCAAACAGUGUACCAUCUGUUGCGGACGAUGACGCAAGGGCUGAGAAUAUUGCUCUUUUGGAUGAUUUGAAGGAGAGACUUCGUAAAACAGAAACCAUAUCUGAGCAGUUCCAAAAGCAAGCUCAAGUUCUCCAGUCAAGAUUAGAUGAAGCCCUACAGGAUCAAGGGAAGUUGGAGGAUCGUCUACAUGAGAACGAAGAGAAAUUAGAAACUUUACAAAAUGAAAAGAGAGAUGCUCUUCGACAGAAGAGGGAGAUGGAAUCAAUCUAUGAAGCCGAGAGAAGUUCCAUGACAAAGGAGAGGGAAGAAAUGGCAAAUCGAGAGGAGGAAAUGCAGACAAUCAUUCAGCGAUUAAAGGAUUCUCUAUCGCAAAGAUCCUCGUCAGAUGAAGAAUCUCGAUUGUCUCGACGUUCAAAUAAUUCCUCCCCAAAUAUCGAAAAUGGCCAAUUCGCUCCUCCAUCCGGGUUAAAUCGCAGCGAUUCUCGCAACAAUUCCAAAUUACUUCUUCAAAAAGACAGACUUAUUGAAUCCUUGCGGUUAGAAUUGGCAGAAGCUCAAAUCAAAUUGGUAGAAUCCGAGAAUAUGGGAGGUGGAAGAAUGCAAGAGGUCGAAAAAUUACUCUUGGAAGCACGUAUGACAAAUGCAAGAUUGAUGGAAGAUAAUGAGAGUUUCCAAUUACUUUUACAAGAAAAGACGUUGAACGGCGACUUCUCAAAGGAUCAUUUUGAAUACAUGGGUUCAUCUUCCAACGCCGAUGCGCUGAAUGCUUUGGAGGGACGAUCACCAGGAGCUUCUCUCGCAGAUGAACUUUCCGAACUUAACGACAAUGAAGGCGAAAAUGAUCAACACCGUCGCCUCGAAGCCGAAUUGAAAUCUGCCAAGGAUUCGAAUAAAGCUUUGACAUUAUACAUCAACAAAAUUAUUGAACGACUACUACAACACCAAGAUUUUGAAGCAAUUCUUGAUUCGGAUUUCAAAUCUGGAGAUGCUAAGGGUCCUGUUAAUAAGGAUAAAGAUCUUCCACCACCUCCACCAAAAGAACAAGCUAGUGGCGCAUCUAUUCUUCAACGUGCAAAGACUGUAGCUAUGGGAAGUCGCAAACCAAGGCCUCAAUCUGUUAUGCCAAUGAGCCAUGGAACUCUCAAUCAAGAUCCCGAAACAGCACCUAGUAUACCAUUCGGAGUUGGCCGUUCAUCAAGUGUUCGACAAGGAGUUCGUCCUAAAUCAGAACAGUAUACCGGCGGUGGAGCAUCAAUUGUUAAUCAAAUGUAUAGAGGCGGCCAAACCUCACCACCCCUCCAUGGACCUCAAACUCCUCGACACUCGCAAACCUUUUUCGGGACUGGUCCCAUGGCCGGUAAACCCACUUCUCGCCAUCCCUCCUUAGGUCAAGUACCCACAACGGGUAAUUUCCCGGGUCUCAAGAGCGAAACUAGUAGUAUAAGCGGAGAUAGCGGUGAGGUCAGUACACCGCCCAGUACUAAUAGCCCUCCACGCAAAGAGGCGAGAAAAUUUGCGGGUAAUAAACCAAAGCCAUUGCAAUUGGUUCAGGAUAAAGAAGAAGAGGAUAAAACGAAAGCUAAGAGAGCUAGUUGGAUGGGGUGGGCUUUUGGUGGCGCAGGAGCUCAAAAGAAAGAGGAUGGUGUUGCAUCGGCAGGGGUCCUUGGUGAAGAUCCAAUUAUUGAAUAA